AUGGCAAAUGUUGACAUUUUCCUGGGCCUUGCGGAUACGGAGGUAAACAAGGCAGUGUCGUGGCUGGAAGACGCGCGCCACAUGCCGGCGACUAGUGGCUUUUCACCUGCGCAAUGGCUGUGGCACUGGCUUUCGUCUUCUCCAGCGUUCGCACCUUUAACAGAGGCUGCCGAAAAAAUGGAUACUGUCUUUGGCUUUGGCUCUGAUGAUUGGGCUUUCCAUUGGGUUGAGGAGAUGGAGAAGGCCGCUUCGAACCCGAGUACAUCAGCUUCUCAGACUACGCCGGCGCAUGCUGCUUUCGAUAGCCAAUGGCCGCAUUUUCCUAAUGGCCACCGUUCCCUUGGACUGGCCCCCGCUGACCUUCUUCGUGCACAUGUAUGGUUGGACGAGGCCGCUUCCUUCGAUGGCACCAGUGGUUGGAAGGAGGACGACUGGCUUCGCUUUUGGAUGGAGCAGGACUCGGCCUUUGAUACUUUGAUUCAGCGCGCCAGGGAAGCGGGCCAUGGAUGGAACAUCGGCCAAUGGCUUUGGCUUUGGGUAUCACAGUCCGACCGUCCCCAGCCACCACCGGCGCCUCCUUUAAACACUGUCCCUCCUUUUUCCACGGGCCGGACGCCUUCCCACUCAGCCAGCACAACGAAACGGUGA